UAAUUUUGCAGUCUAAAGUUUCUUUUUUUAUUUCGUUAAGAAUAGAUUAUAUGUUCAGAUCUUUCGUAAUCGAACCUUUUUCUGCGCAGAUCAAAACGGAUAAAUCAAUCCCCCUUUACAUCCGCCUGGCCACACGAAAGGCGGAGCUCACCUCCCUCUUUACCUGCGAGCUGUUACGUCUAACCAAGACUCAGCUCCGGUCAACUCGCUCACUGAGUUACCGGCGAUUUUCCUCAGCGGCUCGCCGGAGAAGGAAUCUAUAUCUCUUUUUUCUGUGGCCCCCUUAGAUUCCUGGUGUCGCCACUCGCCGUCUUGCAGAUUGAAGUAUGGGUAGCCCUCUAAUGUGGACAGAUGAAGCUGCUUCCUAAUUAGAACUGAUUUCAUGAUGAGUGGGUUACAGAACAAGAUAACUCAGAAGCCCCUUUCUUCAGUGUAAGGGAAGGAUGAUGAACCUGUUUGACUUGAGCGCCGGCAUGGCUGGAACCAAGAAAGCUUUUCGAGAUGGUUCUAUUGGAGGUAGAAAUCGACCAGUCGGCCCAAACAAAGCAAUAGAUCCUGUUGAACUUCACUCGGAUGAUAAAUCACUCAUUUGUGAGUCGAGGAAAGGUUCUUCUGUAAAAAGAUCAAAUACAAUCCCGAUGAAAAUGCUUAUCGCUCAGGAGAUGUGUAAAGAUACAGAUGCAAAACGGAAACCGCCAAAUGUGAUUGCGAGAUUAAUGGGCCUCGAUGAUGCCCUGCCCGGUGCUCCAUCUGUUGCAUCUUCUAAACGAAAUUUGCUUGAUGGUGAGGAUUGUAAGCAACGACAAGUUGGAUAUCUUGAUAGAUCAAAGUCUAAAGAGCUUCAAUCUUGUUGCAACGAGAACAAGGAUUUUCGAGAUGUGUAUGAAGUAAGGCGGCAAUCAUCAAGAUCCAAUUUUUUAGAUGAUGGAGCGCUGCAAAAUGGUUUUUAUGAGAGUCGAAAUGAUAAAAGAAUGGCCUUUGUUCGUGAGAAGUUCAUCGAAGCGAAACGACUAGCGACGGAUGAGAAGCUUUUGGAGUCUAAAGAGUUCCAUGAUGCUCUUGAGGUGUUGAGUUCGAAUCGAGAUUUGUUUCUAAAGUUUUUGGAUGAGCCUAACUCGCUUUUUCUGAGUGGUUCGGAGGAACAUCAUUUCAUUCCAUCGCCGCCUCAGACAAAGCGAAUUACCGUGUUGAGACCGUCAAAAACAAAUGAGACGAAAUUUAAGGUAAAGAAUCAAUAUGAUAGUGGUUCCGAGCUGCGGAAUACAAUAUGGAAUUCGGGUUUUGCUCAUCAUCCAAUGACUGAAAAGUUGCCUGAGCCAACAAGGAUUGUGGUCUUGAAGCCGAGCCCACGAAAACAUUUAGACUUGAAGUCCCCCGUUACUCCUUUCUCAUCAUCGCCGGAACGGCCGAGGAAAGGAGAUGGUCAUGGAGGUCAAAAACCCCGUGAUCCAGAUGGGCGAAAUAUGGCCGAAAGCCUAAGUAGGCAUCGAAGGGAUGAAUCUCUGUUGUCUUCUGUGUUCUCGAAUGGAUAUGUUGGUGAUGAUAGCUCUUUUAAUAGGUCAGAAAAUUAUGUAGGAGAGGACUAUGACAAUAGUGAUUCAGAAAUUGGAAGCUAUUGGGAUUUCAUGAGUAAUAGAUAUGGAAGUCCGUACUCGCAUUCACCGUUAAAUCGAGCUUCCCGUUCGCCUGAAUCAUCGUCAGUUGUAAGAGAGGCGAAGAAACGGUUGUCGGAGCGGUGGGCUUUGGUUACAUCGAAUGUGCUGAAUCAGGAAAAGCUUCAAGGAAGGAGGAGCUCCGGCACCUUGGGAGAGAUGCUCUCCAUCAAUGAGCUAAAAAUGGAAAAUAGGAAUGAUAAUUUGGGGUUUAGGGUAGAGGAAUUUAGAAUGAUUAGAAGGACAAAAGAAGAAAAUGGAAAUGAGGGAUCCAGUGGUUGUAGUCUUUCGAGAUCAAAAUCUGUUCCUGCAUCGUCGCCAACUUAUGGAAGCAUUCGAUUGAACACCGAUGAUUCUGACUCACGAACUGAUAAAUCUGUGGCGACGAAAUCACAGAGCGGGAAAACAUCUUUCAAGGGACGAGUAACGAGCUUGUUCUUCUCGAAGAGCAAAAGAAGUGGGAGAGAUGAUUCCUUUUCAUCUCAAUUAGAAAACAGUGCUGACACUGUUGAUAAUAUCAAUGGUAAUUCAUCUCAAGCAAUUCAGCCUAAUGUCCCUGAAAUAAGCCUGUCAGGAAAAUUCGAGGCCGAGUCAGGCCAAAUAUCUCCUCCAGUUGUACCGAGUGAUGACUCAGAUACUAGCAAAAGCUCCUUGAAGGCCAGUCUAUCUCAUGAAGAGCCCGGACUUUCAUCUUCGAGCGAAAACCACGACACGCUACAAAUGCCCGAGAAAAACACUGACAACGAGAAAAACAGUGAGAACCAGAAUCAUCCCAGUCCUACUUCCAUACUCGAUGCACCAUUUAAAGAUGAAUCAAACGAAAAUGCCCCACAUUCUUCCAAAUUCGCUCCUUCCGAUAACCCGCAAGCAUUAUCGAGGUCACCGCCGAUCGAAUCGAUUGCCCGCACCUUCUCAUGGGAUGAUCACUGCUCAAGAGCACCAUUACCAGCUUCAUUAAAGCUCUCCAGAGCUAUCUGCAGCAAGGAAGAUGAAGAUGAUCCAAAAGAUCUGAUAGUAGUGCAGAACUUGCUGACAGCUUCUGGCUUAUAUAAGAAUAAGCUAAGCACCAUCUUCAAUGGCUGGCAUUCGCCGGACAUCCCUCUGGAUCCCAACUUACUGGAUGAACUCUCAGAUUUGAAAGAGGGAGGAGUCAGGAAUAGAGAGAGGAGAUCAAACCAGAAGCUUAUCUUCGACUGUCUCAAUCUGGUUCUACAAGAACUCGGCCAUUCUGUCGAACAAGGAGCUUAUCAAAGCACUGCCAUUGUUGCAGAAGAUGAAGGUCUGCUUGCAGCGCAAGUGUGGCCCGUAGUGAAGAGUAAGCUUUCGGGCGAGGGGAAGCGGAGCGCUGGAGAGGCUGAAAAUGGCGGCUUGGUGGUCGAGAGACUGCUCGGAAGGGAGCUAACGUGCAGCGGUGGAUGGACGGAAUUGAUGCAGUCUGAGCUUGCAGCCAUCAGCAGAGAAAUUGGUGAGGAAGUGUUGGAGGAGCUCGUUGGAGAGGUUUUGGUAGGGAUGAUGAUGACUCUUAGUUAAAUUUGCUUUUUUUUUUCUUUUGUUUUGCUCUAAUGACUGUUGAUUCUAUAUUGUUUAGGUGUUCUAGAAUAGAAGUCAUGUAAGUAUGCAUUUUAUGUGUCUUUUGAUCUUGUGCUGAUGCCAUUGUUGCUAAAUUCUAGUUUUUUUGUUUGUUUGUUAAAACUAGUUAGUUAUUCAACUUGCUGAGGAAAUAAAUUGCUGUUUCAUGUUCAGGUCUCCAUGAUCAGAGAUAUGAUGUUGCUUUGUUGUUGUAAGGGAAUAUUUUGAUUUGACAUAGGAGAUUUGGGUGAUAUGCAA